AUGACAGAAACACUGCGAACACAAUGCACCUGGCUGGGGCUCUACUUUUUCUUCAACCUGGCCCUCACGCUCUUCAACAAGGCGGUCCUCGGAUCCUUCCCCUUCCCGUACACCCUCACCGGCAUCCACACCCUGUGUGGCACUCUGGGUUGCGCGCUCUUACACUGGAGAGGCGUCUUUAAACUGACCCGGCUAUCCGAUCAGGAGAACACCACCCUCAUUCUCUUCUCCAUCCUCUACACCAUCAACAUUGCCAUCUCCAACGUGUCGCUGCAGAUGGUCACCGUGCCCUUCCACCAGGUGGUCCGGGCAACCACCCCCUUCUUCGCCAUGCUCAUCAACGUGGUCUUCCUGCGACACUCGUACACGGUACUCACCUACCUGUCUCUGGUUCUCGUGUGUGCCGGCGUCGGAUUCGCCACUGCAGGAGAUUACUACUUCACCGCCAUGGGCUUCAUUCUCACCAUUCUGGGCGCCGUUCUCGCGGCCGUCAAGACCGUGGUCACUAACCGUAUCCAGACCGGCCGGUUCAGACUCUCCCCUCUCGAGCUGCUCUACCGUAUGUCACCUCUUGCAUUUGUCCAGACCCUCGUCUACGCCUACCUGGCCGGCGAGCUGGACGUGCUGGGUCUUCGGCUCUCGAGCCCCGAGGACGUGGUUGGUGCCACUGCCUCUGCCACCUCGGGCCCGCUGUCGUUCCUCGGAGGCAUCGACUACACGGAGAUUGAGUUUGAGUACAGCCAGAAGCUGAUGCUGCAUCUGCUGCUCAACGGCAUCAUUGCGUUUGGCCUGAACAUUGUCUCCUUCACCACCAACAAGAAGACGGGCGCGCUGACCAUGACCGUGGCCGCCAACGUGAAGCAGAUCCUCACCAUUGUGCUGGCCAUCUUUUUCUUCAACCUCACCGUCACCCCGCUCAACAUGAUGGGCAUUCUUGUGACGCUGCUGGGAGGAGCCUGGUACGCCAAGCUGGAGCUCGACCGAAAGAGCGACAACUCUGGCGCCGAAUCUGCGCUCCCCGUCAAGGAGGCCAACAGAUCGCAGGCGUAA